UCUUUAUAGAUAUGCCUUAUAAGUUACAGCAAACAAAUAAAUAUUUCGGAAGUAUCGGGAAAGAAAAUCUACGAAAAUCGAAAACUUUUUACGUUCGCUUGUGUUAAAUUUUGUUUAUAUAACUCUUUGCUCCUAUUGCUUUUUGAUCGAGAGGGAUAUUUGUUUUUAAGAGUGACUGAUAAUGGAUGGUAUGUUUGGAAACCUGAGCCAAAGAUUUAAGCAGCUGAGCAAUGUGGAGGGCAAGCGUAUGGCCAUCAAGCUGGUUGGAUUCUAUGCCAUGGGCUGGACGCUGCGGAAGUUGAUCAAGUGAAGUAAAUGAAGCUAUAUAUGCCUAACAAAUUUGUGUAUAUAUAUAGCCAGUCCAAAUUUUGUGUGCCGUUUCAUUAUGAGCAUUUAAAGCAAAUCGUUUAAAUAUAUUGCUUACAUCAAAA